GCGGCAGCAGCGGGCGGACGGUGGAGCCUCAUGGAGCGGCUCCGCAAGCUGUGGCGGGGCCGCACGAUGACCUUCGGCGUGCCGCUGCUGCUCUACAUUGUUGGGGGAUCUUUUGGACUCCGUGAGUUUGCUCAGAUAAGAUAUGAUGUCCACAAACUACAUGGCAAGGUUGAUCCUGCUUUGAAGGAAAAAUUGAAGCAGAACAAUGUGACGUUGGAAUCUGAAUAUAAGAAAUUGGAAAAAUCUGACUUGGAUAACUGGGAGAACAUCAGAGGACCCCAGCUGUGGGAAGAUUCCAGGACUGUUCAGAAGCAACGGCGAGAGGCUGCCCGUCUCAAGACAGAGUGAUUGAGCAAGCCUGCUUUGCUGCCUACGGAACCAAGUCUCAGGCUGGACUACCUUAUGUUCUAAACCAGCAUCAGGAACAGAUUUGGGAUGGAGGAAUUGUCCUGAGCAAUUCAUGCCAAUAUGUAUAUAACUAAAUGCGAGAUCAAACCAAAAAGCACUAUGUUGUAUGAAGCUCUUUGUUUGCUUCUGUUUGCACAGAAUUCCACAGGCUGUAUAUGAGAGUUCUCAGUUAAAAAACAAAACAAAACAAGAAAACUGAUUUUGGGAAUAUCACAGUUUUUCUUUUUCAUUGUCAUUUUUUUGACAACCACAGUUCAAAAGAGAGGUUCUUCAGCAAGAGUUCACAUUUCAAGAGUCAUUUCUCAGUGCCACAGUGAAAACAACAGUGCUGUCAUCUUGAUAUGUGUGACCAGAUAAGUGCUGCUUUGGAGAGCCCCUGCAUGACUUCAAGCUCUUAAGCUUGGCAGGGACUCCACAGGCAUAUGAACUGUUCGGAAACAGUGAGCUUGUUUUUGGCUAAAUAAUGUUCUUGUGUUUCAUUUUCAGGAACUUGUCUGUACAGGAGCAUGUGCAGAGUGUCAGCUGGUAAUUGGUCAAGUAGCAUUUAUUUAGCUGUGGGCUGAUUUUUUUAUUAGUUUAACUAUCAGUGUCUGCAUGCAGGCAAGACCUUUGUGUUGGAGCUUCUCAGCUUAAGUUACCAAGACGUGUGCAGUUUUCAUGUGAGCAAGCAUUGCAGCAGCAUCUUCCUGAAGUACUGUGUAGUGGUAAAGAGCAUCUUAUGUGUAUGAUUACAUGCAUAUUUGUGCACAUGCUCAAAAAUGCUUACCUUUUGAUGAAUUAUUCUGAAACAUCUUUUUGUCUUUGCUGUUUAUUUGCUAUUAGAGGAGGAUAUGCUUCUUCAGAGGAAUAGAGCACUAGAGCACAAAUUAACUGUAGAUUCUGGAUUCAGAGUAUUCAGUGAUGCCUAUAGAUAAAACCUUGGGAACUCACAAACGUGUGGUUAUUCUCUCUGCAGGGGAUUUGUGAAAUGCAAUUGAAAUGUCCCUUUGGACACUUUAUUUAGGGGUAGCUUCCUUGUGCUCAUGUAAAUCUUCCCUCAGCAUGUAGUUUUUUCAGUCUCUUGUGAUAAGGUCCAGUCUUUCAGGAAGAGAAAUCUACCUUGAUUUUUGAAGAGUUUGAGGAGCAAGUCAUAAAGCAGUAAGUAAAAUGACUUCGCCGUGUUUUCUGCAGGUUUUCUCCUGACAGAGCUGUGAAGACCAUCAGAAUGUGUAUCUUGUUUGGAACAAGGCUGGAGCUGUGUGUUUGUGCUUUUCCCUGUGCAGAACCAUAUGUACCUUUGCUUCUAAGUAAAUGUGCUAGCAAAUAACCAUGAGAGGACCAAGAGGAGCAGUACAAAACAAGGCUAAUGUAUAUGCUAUAAGGAAAUUAUUAUAAAAUUAUUAUAAAAACCAAGAAUAUGGGGACAUUAAGCUUUGCUAUAACUAGAGAAGAAGGAACAUUUCAUUGUUUCUACGUUCUUUUCUACCUGGAAGUUAAUACGAUGUUCUCGGGCAAAGAAGAUAUAAAAUAAGCACAAAUAAGGAGCAACUCAAACUACCUAGCUUGCUAAGCAUCUUUUCAGCUCCUAAAUUCAAAUUCUGGUGCAGCUCCACUGGCAGCAGCAAGAUUGAUUGUUCAGAGUGCAGUAAGUGCACUGACAGCCUUCCCUGAGCUAGAGCUCCUACUAACGCUAGCACCAUGGCAGCUGCUAAGGUGCUAGCUGGGCCACUGGAAUUGCUUCCUUACAUUGCAUGGCAUAGACCCAUCUUAAGUGGAUUCUUCAGAUUCAUUAUGUCUAUUCCAGAGGAAGUGUCUUCCUUUCCCAGCCUUGUCUGAAGUUACCUUUAUUUUGCAGAUGGUGAGGAAUCAAUAGCUUCCAGUUUUGCACACAUUAGGUAUGAUACUACCCCUGAAAUAAGCACGUGGCUUUCUAAGAACAGCACAUAGGAAAAGUUACCUCUUCCCUCAUGGGAAGAAGAAAAGAUAUUUCUCUUUGAUGAAGCCCUUAUGUGUAUCACGUUCCUUCGUGGCCAAAUCACACACUGAAAAUAACCCAUGUAUUUUUAGGAAAUUGAUACGAGGGGUAUUUUGGGAUCAGUAAUCUUAUUUUAACAUUUCUGGAAUGUGGUUGCAGUUAAUUCUGUGGAGAACACUUUUAAUGUUGUGAUGUAGGACCCAGUUUUGGCUUUUGAUAUUUCUUUGUGGGUUGCAGUGUUCCCCUACUUCACUUUCACAGGUGUUGUGUUUCUUAUAAUUUCCAAGGGCAUAUUUGUAACUGCCUUUGAGAUGACAUCUCUGGAAAGUGAUGGACUUAUCUUAGCACAGAAAUGACAUGCAGUUGGAAAACAUUUUAACUUGCCCCUUCUCUUCAAGGUAUGCGUGAAGCGAUAGUCCCAGUUGGACUGAAUAUUUAGUGAUCUUCCACUUAAAAAAUCCCAUUUAUUCCCCCCACCCCCUUUUAUUCGUUUUUGAAUUAAAACAACAAAAACAAAACAAAAAAAAAACCAGCAGUGACAUUUGGCAGCUUCAGAAGCUGUCCUUUUCAUAAAAUGGGUAGAGCUGCCUCAGGAUUUUUGCCUUAUUGCCAUGCAUUUGGACGACAGCCUCGUGUUUUAUGCUAUGCUUUUCUCGGCAACAGAAUUGGAAAUAAUACUUAUGAAAGUAACAGACUGAGAGACACUAUUAAAGUCUCUUAAGUUGUCACACAUCCUGAAAUAGAAGACACUCCAGAAAUAAGGAGAAUUGUAGUUCGUAACACAGAGAGGCAAACAUUUGUUGGUUUGGGAUUCAUGCUUAUUUUGAUUGGGUUUUUUUGUUUGUUUUUGUUUUGUUUUGUUUUAAUUAUCCUUCUGAAAGCCACUUCUGAUCAUCUCUAGGUACCUGGGAACAGCCCUACUAAGUUCCUGAUUUGUCAAUCUAAGCAUCCAGCACCUGUUGCUGAGAGUCCAGAGUUGAUGAAUUACAGCUGUCUCCAGGAUCAGGAGAGCUUUAGCAGAGGGUUAGAGGAGGUGGUCCCUAGAGGACCUUUCCAAGGCCCUGUGAAUCUGUGUAGCACCAAUGAGUGUCCAGCUGGAUGGUUGCCAGCUGUUAGCACUGUUUCAGCAGUGGGAACGGAAGUGAAAAAGAAAAGUCCUGUUCUGGGCAGCCAUGCGCAGCUGUGAUAUCACAAAAUGAAGAGCGUCUCAAUCAGCUCAUGGGCAAAUGGUGGUGACUGUGUUGAAAAACAAUGUUUUGUAGCUGAGAAUUUGCUCUAUCAAAUAGUGUUACUGUGUUCUUUGUAACUGUUGUGGUUUGCGUGGAAACAAAUAGAAGGCGUUACUUUUUGAGGGACCUAAUGAGAGAUGAGUGGUGGAACUUUUAAAGCAGACUACAGAAUGCAGAAACUUCUUAACAAUGUCUUAGAUACACCCCACCAGCAGGUGGGGAGCAGUCCUGACAAACAGGAUCGGUAACACUGAUCGGUGUUGGCAGGAACACGUGCACAGUGCUGAGCACUCGCAUCAGGAGAAAACCAUUUCUGCACAGAGAAGCAGUAACCUGGGGUGGUUUAAAGGUAAGCGUUCUGUGGAAGUUUCACAGUUAACUGCAUGUACGCUGUGUACUGUGUUUAUAAGUGAAACUUAAAGCAGUAUGUUUUACCUUCUGAAAUCCUUGUAAUUCUCGAUGAUCUUGGAUUUGCUUUAAGUUGCUCUGUUUGAACUUCCAGCACAAGCCCAGGAGAAGCUGCAUGUUGAUUUCCAGCAUUUUCUAUGGGCUUUUCUUUCUGUAAGAAAGAGGAAAGCCUAAGUAUUAUCCUUCAAUUCAAGCGAUGUUUCUUAUGGGAACUGGAGAAAAAUAAGGAAAAAAAGUGUUGGUCUAAAGUCUUAGAGAAAGCAGAAAAGCCAUUUUGACCUGAAGAUGAGCACAGAAUUUUCCAUAAUUUUCUGUUUUUGGAAAGACUGCUUUUUCCUCAGUGUUUUCAGUGGAAAGUUUCUUUUCAUCCUUCAUUGGAGUAAGGUUCUCAGUAAACAUCCCCUGUAUUUUAGCCUAGCUAACUACAAAUUUAUAUUCAAAGUAAGGUCAUUGCUGACUGUUGGGCCUUCUUUUCCUAUGAGGACUUGCAGCCAGACGCAUCCAAAGUCUGGACAUAGAAACAAGAACUCCAUACAGAUGCUUUUCUUAAACUCUUCCUUACCCCAGGAGAACCAAAGCAGUCUUUCCUACCGCUGGAAUCAGACCGACUGUAUUUUCAUGCUGAACAUGUGCAGUUAAAGUCCUCCUUAGCACAGACAGGUAAUUAAAGUUUCAUCCGCACCAUCUCCUGCUUGGGAGGUGUGCUAAAAUUAAAUUCAACCAAAGGAGCAGCUGUUAGUGCUGCAGAAAGGCCAUGUAAAAUACAUUCAUACAUUGCAAAUGUGAAAAGUAGAAUGUGUCGUGGUCACAGGUCAUUUGAGGGAAAAAAUAAACAAACUAGCAAUAAGGCAGCACUGUGUAUUACCCGUCUCUGCAGGAGAAAUUUAUGUGCUUUCACCCAGCAUGCUUGGGGUCAGGCUUGAUGUGCUUUAAUUGAUGGACAAAUAGUGUAUUUAAUUUAACAUUUAGCCAUCUGUCAAGGUGGCAGAUGAAAUCCUCGGCGUUGAUACUGACUCUACUGUGCAUGUUCUGCGUGAAAUCCUUUCCGUUAUCAGUCUUGGGGAGCCCCAGUGGCUCCCAGGAGUCUUGCUUAAUCCCAGGAAUAAUCAGAGAGAAACCCAUCAGUCUGUCCUCUGGAUGCAUUCUCUUUUUUUCCUCCUUUCUUCCAGCGUUCUUGCUGAAAAGUAACAGCUCAGGUUCUGCGCUGCUUAUUUCUAAUGGAGCUGAUUGCAAAAUGUCCUCUGCUUUUUUUAGUGUUCACUGUCUAUUGAGAGUUGAAGAAUAGUGGUUUCUAAAUUAAUUUGAAGAUGUCCUGUAAAAUGUAAGCUCUGAAACACAGCCCCAUUAUUGUAUCCCCUUAAGUAUGGCACCCUGCAUACACUGGGUCUCUUUUUAUCUUUAGAUACACAAUGCUUUGCUCUCUGUUUUAUGUACAAAGGAAAUUAAAUGUAUUUUUUUCUAUAAAAGAUGAGAUCUUCAUCCAUCACCAGCUGUCAGCUCCUAAUAAUGUUGCCCAGAGAAGUGUUAUCUGUGAUUUAGUGGCUUUAGUGGACUAUCUUUUGUUGAAUAGAGGAUGGCAGAAUAAAAUUUCAGCUUAAUAUAGCUCUUUUCAUACUCCCUCUGAAUAACAGAGGAAAGGAGGAGAGAAAGAGCAAAUAAUCUUGGCUUCCCAGCUCAAGUUUCUUCUGUUUUACAGUACAUAGGGCAUUUUAGAAAAGGAAAGAAAAUAAAAAGAAACUAAGAAAAAAUAAUUUAAGAAGUGGAAAGAAGAAAAGCUUAGGGACAAAAAUAGUAUUAGAAAACAGAGUGUUUCUGACUGGUCCCUCUGGAUAGAGGAAAAAGGAAAAUAAUUUCUGUCUCAGGAAGAACUUCUGGGCUUAAAAAUGCUCUUGUCUCAAGUCAGAAUGAAAAGUCAGGUAUUGUGUUUUGAAAGGCGGUGGUUUUUAUAAAUGAUUUUGAGUGACCAGUGAUGUUUUAUUUUGCUUUUUGUGUUUUCCUGUUCUUGAUUCUUUUUUCUCAGGGAGCUUAACUUCAGUAAUGAAAAGCCACUGGUCUUAAAAGCAUAUUUUUCGCUCAAAAGAACAUCAACACAGAACGUUUCAGCAAUUUCCAAAACUUUUUCCCCCCCAGAAAAUAUUCUCAAUAAGAGUGAUGUAACAACAUAGGUUCCUCUCAAUGAACAAGUUACUAAGUGUUAUUCAACCAGAUAGAUUAUUUUUCUCUGAUACAUUUUUGAACCAACUGCUGUAGUCCAUUCCUCAGUUAAUUGGUGAAUCUGUGUCUUUCAUGCUCACUGUAUGUGUGUAGCUGCACACGCUGUGGCAAUGCACAGGAGUCUUAUCCCCACACUGCACAGGGUAAGCUGCACGCUUGCAGUUGACAGGGGUUUUGAAGACCUUUUCUCUACUGUCUCCACAAUGUUCUGCUCUCCUGGCUGAUGAUACUGCGGCUUUUACGUCAGCUGAGAUGUUGUGUCUGAAAACAAGUCCUUCUGUCUCCCUCCUUUCACUAAAACUGCAACCUAAAUUUAUUUCUGUUCGUUUUGUCUUAAAUUAUGUUGUUUUGUAUUAAGUAUUUCAAGCAGAAUUCACAUAUGCUGUAAUAUAAUAAGAAGAAAUCCAGCAUUUUUCAUAGUCUCACAAGGGCACUACGCGUGUGUAAAAGAUAGGUGUAUGUUUUCCAUCAUUUUAAAUUACUUGUUGGAGGGGAACUGUUAGGUCAGGGCUUGAGCUGGUGAUUAAGCACCUGGUGAAGGAGUGUGUGGUUGGCCCAGGGAGCGCAGGCACAUUGCUUGCACCUGUGCUUUGCACAUGGGCAAAAGGAGUGGACUCAGGUGGGAGCUGCCCUGCGCUCAUAUAAAGGCCAGCCACUGAAGGAAGAGCAUGUCUUGCACCUAGGCUGCUACCUGAGGAGUGCUUCAUUGCUAGAGAGCCCCUUCACCAGUUGGGUGAGUUCCAGUCUCCUUUUUGUUUAUGUUUGUUGGCCUAUCCACAAGUACUUUACCUGGUAUCACCAAGAACCUGUCAGAAGCAGUUCUGCUUCUUCAUAAACAGAAUACCUGUCUAGCAAUGAAGUGAUUUUCAAGCGUGGAAAGAUUCCAGUCUGCUCAUGUUUAUAUGUUUGAUGUAAUUAUAUUCCAUCCAAUCUGGGGUCAAGUCUUACUGCUAUUUGGCUAUCCACCCCACUGCAAAUGCUUUUUGCCAUGCAAAUGUGUAUUCUUGGUGCAAAAGUCUGGAAUUGCACACUUGUUAUAAAGUCCUUUCGAUCUCUGUGCUCCCUGUGAAGUGCAAACAUGCUUAUUGGUUGUGCUGAACUAAUAACAAAAUCAUGAACUCGGGGCCCUGUGAAUGGGACUACGGGCUCCGAAUGAAGUUUGAAAAUCAGAGCAUGCUGACAUUACUUUUAAUUUCUUCUUUUGAGAAGCUCUGAGCUUCUUGACAACUCAGCCUCCUUUAGGAGCAAAAGUUUUGCUUAGAACAUCCUCCAGCUAGACAAUAAGUUGAAUGGGCGGUAAGGUCAGUGGAUCUAUCUCCACCAAGUCAGCAGGGAACAAUAAAAAGAUAUUUUCUGCCAUUAAAGAUAACCUUGUGUACUGCAAAAGCAAGAAGAGUGUGUCAGCAAACUGGCCCUGUGAGAAUAGUUUAUUGAUGCUGCUUGAGGUUUCUUGUAACAUGCAAAACAGCGUUAUUAGGACAGUAGAAAACUGGGUACAGACCUUUCAGGAUUAUGUAAUAAGAGCAGAUCAAAUACCAUCUGCCUAACUUGAGAAGUUCUGUCUUCUGUUCCAAGGAGGCUUGCCCUGGCUCUCCUUGGCAGAGUGCACAGAGGCAGCUGCUGAUCGCUUUUGUCCUCAUCCCAUCACCACUUCUUGCCCUUUUGGCUGAGAUCAGAUGCAGUCCCAGGCCAAGUCCUGACAUGUCCUUGGCGUGUCUCUGGGAACUUGCAGCAGUCCAGGCUCAGUGACUUACUGGCUCUUUUCCAUCUCUAACUACUGUCAUUCCUGCUCCAUAGGAGACCUGACUUAGAUUUAGAAGUCAUAUUUUUAAUUGUUAUUAUUUUUUUAAGAAGUCAACGCUUCAGGUAAGUCUCCCCCUGAGGACUUUGUGUUCGUCCGUUGGUGAGGUUCUGGGACCAGGCAAAAAAAAAAAAAAAAACCAAAAAAACAUCUCACCCAUCUUCCGCCCCAGCGGAAGGGACUUUUUGGAGAAGGGGCAGAAGGGGACGCUCGGCCUCCUGCUGCAGCUCGAGGGGCUCUCUCUCGGUGGGGGUCUGCCAGCAAAGAGGAAAGAGUCCAAGGACCACGAGAAGGAAAACGUGAGGCGAAUAAAGGAGAUUCAGAAGAAAUGCAAAGAGAGGGAGCGGGCCCAGGAGCGCAGCCAGCCCAAACCUGUGAAAGCUCUGUGGAAAUCCCAGAAAUACGAAAACGUGGAGUCAAAGGUGAAGGCCUUACAAUACUAUGAUGAUAAUACAGUGGUAAUACUCCCAUAUUUUUCAAGUUUCUGUAGUUCCUGAACUUCUGAAAUCCGAACUGAAGCACCCACAGGGGACACUGUAAUCACCAGCCAGGCUCAGUGUAUGAAGAACUCACCCAGUCCAGGCUUUUGUACACAGAUCUAUUAAUUUGCAAUUAAAAAAGAGGCAGGCAGAACAAAGUGAAGGUUUUGAUGGCCCUGAUUUUAAAAAACAAACAAACAACCCUCCCCCCUGAAAACUUGAAUGCUAUUUGGUCUUGGAUUUUCUUGGGACAUUGGGUGUUUCUAUGUCUGCCCACCUGAGCUAUGACGCAUGCUGGGUACUGUGGUUGGAGGUGGUGCCUCUGUCAAGGUCUGGGGAAUCACCCAGAUAAUGCAUCCCUUCCUUCCUGAUUUUUUUUCAUCAUGAUGUGGCUUCAGGAGCCUGAUCUUCAUAAGAGGAGAUUUUGGGAGAGAUCUGUGCAACUUUUUCUGGUGAAUUUGCUCAGAGCAGUCCCUGCUUUGCUUUCUGCAGGGGAUCUAGCUUAGGGAUUAUAUGGGAUGUGUUAUAUGGUUGCAUCAGCAUAAUUGCAAUAUGCAAGGGUUUUUAUUUUUACCAAGUAAUCCCUCAGUCACUUAUGGAACAGGAAAAUCAUACGUAUUAUCUCUGGAAGAAACCAUAAAAUGAUAUGGUGACCAUCUUGUUACUAAAAAAAGGAAAGGUGGGGAUAAGUAAUAAACCACAUACCCUGGGCAUGCAGUCUCUGUCUCCCUUCAAAGAGUCCUGUGCAGACCUGGAAGGAGUGGGCUGUCCUUGUGGGGAGCACAGCCUCAUCUUGGUGUGUAGCAGUGAGCCUGGCUCACAUGUGAAUGUGUCAUUGUGUUCAUCUUUUAAAAUGAACGAAUUAUUAGUUUCUGUAAUGAACCAGUCAUUCAGAAGGCAGUCUUCCAUUUUCUUCUUUUUUUUCCUUUUUUUUUUUUUUUUUUUUUUUUAGAGGUAACUCAUGUUUCUGGGUUUACAGAGCAGCUUGCUUCCGUGUUCCCAAGGGAAUAACUCAUUAUCCUUUAGUAUAAAUUUCAUACUCAAACGAUCCCUGAUCAGUAACUAGAACAUAAAGUGCGUGUGCUAUUUUUGUACAGAAAGAUCUCCUGUGUUUAACUUUGUAAUGAAGUUGCUCCGUGAGAUGUGCGCGCUGCUGCAGAGCAUCCACCUUCAAAGGGCUUUCUGAGAUUUUAAGUAAAUACUUGAUUUUAAAUAAAUAAAAAACUUACGGACCCCAAAA